AUGCAGUUCCUCAAAGUCAUUCUCUUCUGCGGUCUUACCGCUGCUGUCGCAGUGCCUGACCCAGUCGCGGGUGCUAUGAAUGUCAUCGCCGCCCGCGGGAACGACAUCGCCGCUCGCGGAAUCGACAAACAAAUCUCCGAGCACAAGAAAGACUGCGCGAAGGACCCAAGUCUGCUCAAAUGUUCCCAUGAAUCCAAUGUGGCACUGAUCAAGGAAUACUGCAAGCAAGCCAAGAAGAAUAAAAAGUCGAUUCCCUCCGGUGUCCAUUGCCCAUGA